AUGGAAGAGGGUGCCUUUUUGAAAUAUGGCGAGCGCCAAAUUCGGGGAAUCUUCCGUAUGAAUUGGAUGCUUAAACCAGUAACUGCUGUCCAGUGCAAGGUUGAACAGUCUACGCUUGAGAUAGCCGAUCUCCCGUGGUAUGAGUCGGGAAAAGACGAUAUCUCUGCCAGUACUAUGAACACGUUGGAGCUUUUUGAUCUCCCAUUCCGGGAGGACUACCAUGCUUUGAUAGCUUGGUGUUACACGUCUACUGUUAUUUUCAACAAUAAGAGUAUGUUUGGAGGGCUCGUUUCAGAUGGCCUUCUAGUUAUCGAGAAGAUGUUCAGAACGGAUACAGGGGCUCAUAUGUCUGAUGUGGCUCUGGCAAUGUACCGGAAUUUCUAUGAGAUAAAUAAUUUGAAACAGAUUCUUUUCUGUAACGUCGUCAAUACUGAUACUGUUGACUUCUUUAUGGAGGAUCUCUACACUGAGAAGAAUGGUCUCGAUUUUGCGGGACUGGCUGGUGUUCAGAAUUGGCCAUAUGGCACACCAGAAUACCUAGCUCUUCUGACGACCCCCAUCUGCUCGGUGGCAGUGAACAUAGUUCUCGGAGCGUGGCCCCGUGGCACUCACUAUGUUUCCAAUAUUCAGACCUGUCUGGGGGGUCGCAACGGGGCCGGAGAGAUGAACAUCAUGGUGGAGAUUGAUGAAAUACCCGCAGAUCUGGUCAAGAUGCCUAAGCUGGCCAAGGAGACCAAAGCUGCUCUGCUCGAAGCUCUUGACAUGGAUCCUAAUAUCUUAGACUCUGAGUCGAGCAAGGCUUCAGAGGGGUCGUCGUCAUCAGAGCCCUUGGCAAAAAGGAAGAAGGCAGACGAGUCUAAGAAACGUAAGGUAGAAGAGGAGUCAGAGGCGGGCCCAGCAAAGAAAAGGGCAACAAAAGCAUUAGCGGAGGAGGAAAGUCAAGAAAUGGAUGUGGAUAUGGAUGUGGAUGUAGAAGGAGGAAAUGAUCCGAUUUACAAGCCGGGACCGGCGCCGAAGCAGGCCAAAGGGAAGGGCCGAGGGCCGAGGAAGCCUCCGGUGCCAAAGAAAGGCGGCAAGAGAUAA